UAAACCGGUUUACUUAAUCCGAAUCAAGAAGAUGGAAAAUAAAAAUACACAAUCAUCUUUGUCUCUUCUUACCUUUAAAUUCAGUUCCAAUAUUUCAAAGUCUGUGUAACAAUUUAGUUGAUCAUUUGUAUCAGUGAUUAAACAUUCUCCUCACUUCAUUCAUCAAAAUAAUGGGUAUCAAGUUGAUUGUUGCAAUUGCACUGACCCUUGGGGUGGUGGUCAAGGGAGACAUGAUGAGGAAAAGCAUCGUCUUUGAUAUCAAAACACCAAAAGUUUUCUAUUGUCCCCAAGAAAAGCCCGAUGACCUCAACAAAAUGAUCGUCAAGUCGAUACCAUUGGAUAAACUCUGUGAAUAUCAAGGCCAAAAUGUUCCCAAAAAUUCAAGGUCAGAUUGUUAUAACGACAUCGAUGAGACCGAAUAUGCUUGCGCUGAAAAACAAAGGAUUCUGUUACGUGUUAAUCCACCAAAUGAUUCGGAUACAACAACCGUAAUCCCCUCGCCUGAUAUGCCAGAGUAUAUAAAGAUUAACAAAAAAGAUACUGGAUUAGGUAAAUCAGGUAAAUCUAAAAAAUACUAAUCUAACUUUUUG